AGCUUUUAAUACGAUGAAUGAGUUCCUUUUUAUCUGCAUAGCUUCGUGGCAAACAAACACUGUUUGCCGUCCACGAGAGCGGUGAUGACGGUGAUCGAAAUAUUAUUUUUUUUUUCCUCCAAGCCGCGAAGCGUUUCCAUGACUGCGUAUUAUGGUCAUAUAAGAUUGUCAUUAACAUAUAGUCGACGUUUUAAAUGCUGCCGCGUAGAUUAAUUUGGGAAAUUAGGUCAUACGGUACGUUAUGUAAAUGACAGAGAUGAAACGUAUAUUAAGAUUGGAACACACGCUUGUUUUUAUGGAAGUUCAGGCAGUCUUUAAUUGCACAAUUCGUUGCACUUUAUUUUAAAAAGUUUCAGGUUUCAACGACCUGUCGAAACUGUUGAGUGCCACAUGUCCUGACAAAACAGAAAACUAUAUAUAUGUAUACAUGGUACACGUAAGCGUGUGUGCAUAUUCGAACACAGUAAAUACAAUUAUAAAAGAGUAGAGAGAUUAAAUCCAUAGAAGAGGUUAGAUUUGACAAUCGUUGCCAUUGACUCGGGCCAGACUCGAGCAGACUAUGACGAUUGACAACUAGUGGCGAAAAGAUAUUUUCGAAUGUGUUGUGGCAAGGAAGAACAUUACGUUAUAUGGUUUGCUAAUCAAAUGAAGUGGUUUUUAUACGACGAAUAUCGAUAUUUCUUUUAAAACGUUUAUUCUGUUACAAUAUAAAUAAUCUGUGAUGUUUUUAUAAUUGAAGAACUAUGGCGCUGGAACAGAUUUUACAGUAUAUCUCAGAUGGCUUAAGUGUCGUUACAAUUGCGUUGUGCAUAGUUUUAAAAAUCCCUCAAAUAAAAAAGCUACUUGAUAGUCAAUCAACUGUAGGCAUGUCAGUUACAGGCUUAAUACUAGAAUUAAUUAGUUAUAGUAUUUCAACGUCUUAUAAUUUUGUUAAUGGAUAUUCAUUGUUAACCUACUUAGAAUAUCCAAUUAUAAUUAUACAAGAAUAUAUUUUAAUAUUUUUAGUUUUGAAGUAUCAGAAUUUAAUAAAUACUCGAACAUCGCUGGUAGUGUUAAUCUACUUUAUAGUCUGUGCAGGAUUUGUAACUGAAACGAUACCAAAGAUAAUUUUAACUUUAUUAUUACCAUUUCCUACCCCUAUAUCUGCUUCGAGCAAAAUAGUACAAUUAAUAACUAUUUUAAAAGCUAAAAAUGCUGACUCUGUUUCUCCAUUGACAUGGUUUAUUUCUACAAUUACUAACUCAACUAGAAUAUUUACAAUUUGGAUAGAUUCAGCUGACAUCAUACUUUUGUCAAAUUUCAUUAUCUCAACAUUUUUAAGUUUAUCAAUAAUGUGUGCAACUCUCUACUAUAGAAAAGGCCAUAAAAAAGUUGAAUAGAAAAAAAUCAAAAUUAUUAAAUUUAACUAGGCUACUAAACUUUGUUUAUUUUAUAAUUUUAAUUUACUAUAUUAAAUUGGCAUUAUAUUUUUGCUAUUAAGUAUAUUGGCAUUAAGUCUAUUACUUUCAUACAAAUUUGUUGACAACUUAAAAAUAUUAUUAUCAAUAAACAAUGAAUAAUUACUUAUUCCAAUAAAUUUUAAGUCGAUUUGUAUAUUAACAUUGUAAGUGAUAAAAUAAAGAAGGUUUAGAUUUUCCAAAUUUAAUUUCAACAGAUGCGAUCUGUUAGAAGCGUUUAGAGAAUAGUCUACCAAUGUUAUUUGAAAAAAGUUUAAUUGAAAAAUUUUAUAUUUCAUAAUAAAUUCGAAUCUAA